UGUCGCUGCCCCUCCAAGCCUGGGCUGGCCUAGCCAGGCGCCUGACCCCACCUCGACCCUCACCAGGAAGCCAGCAUUUUCUGCUUCCUGAGUGGGGCCCCAGCGUCUGGUGGGGGCAGGGGGCUGCCCCAGGGGCUGGGGCUGGCAGGAGCCUGAUCUCACUCAGCUGCAGGGAGGGCGACGUGUAUGCCGAGCGCAGCCCCUGCGCCAUGGACCGCGGCCAGACCAGCCUGGAGACCGCGGCCGUGGCCCCCGGCGCCCCAGGCCCUAGCGUGAUGGCUCCCGUGCGCGCCGUGGUGCGACUGCGCCGCCGCGUGUGCCUCCUGCGCAAGCGGCGCCUCCCGCCGGGCGUAGGGCCGGACUGCGGGCCCCAGGCGCCGCGCGCGAACCCGGACCAGCCACGAUUCUUCACCUUCGACGACCCCGCCGAGCCGCCUUCGAGGACGCCGCGCAAAAGGCGCCGGCGCAGCCGCGUGGUACUCUACCCCGAGACCUCGCGCAAGUGCCGGCCGCGCGCAGAACACCGGAGCCGCGCGCAGCGCUGCCUAUUGUUGCUCGUGGCCAUCGUGGGCUUCCAGGUGCUCAACGCCAUCGAGAACCUAGAUGAUAACGCGCAGCGCUACGACCUGGACGGGCUGGAGAAGGCGCUGCAGCGCGCCGUGUUCGGCCAGCCGGCUGCCGUGGGGCGCAUCGUGGCGCUGCUGCGGGACUACCUGGCCACGCACGUGCACAGCCGCCCGCUGCUCCUGGCUCUGCACGGGCCCAGCGGUGUGGGCAAGAGCCACGUGGGCCGCCUGCUGGCACGCCACUUCCGCGCGGUGCUUGAGGACGGCGCGCUCGUACUGCAGUACCACGCGCAGCACCACUGCCCUGAGCCGCGCGCCGCGCAGGACUGCCGCGAGGAGCUGGCGCAGCGCGUGGCCGACGUGGUGGCGCGGGCCGAGGCGGAGGAGAAGACCCCGCUCUUGGUGCUGGACGAGGUGGAGCUCAUGCCGGCGGCGCUGCUGGACGAGCUGCAUGGCUUCCUGCAGCCACAGCGCUCGCACCCCUUCCACAACGCCAUCUACGUGCUGCUCAGCCGCACCGGUGGCCCGCACAUCACGCGAUUCGUGCUGCAGAACGCGUCCCGCGCGCUGCCCCUGCGCCCCGACGGCGCCCACGGUGCCCACAGUGCCGAGGCUGCGGCUGCGGCGAUGUGGGCCGAGGAGGAACUGCGCAGCAGCUUGCAGGCGCUCCUGGUCCGCGAGCACCCGCUGUGGCAGGCCGCGGCCAUUGUGCCUUUCCUGCUGCUGGACAAGCGGGACAUAGUCAACUGCUUCCGGGACGAGAUGGCCGGGGAGGGCUUCUUCCCGGAGCAGGCCCGCGCUGAGCUUCUGGCCGGGCAGCUCAGCUACUACCGCGUGGCAGGCCGCGAGUUUGCCGUCACCGGCUGCAAGCAGGUGGUGGCCCGGGUGAACCUCUUGUAGCAUAGGUGCAGGCAGACAUGGUGGAUGCUAGCAGGCACGAGGGGACGUUUGAGUGGAUGGUGGCAGUAGGAGGGAGGGGACCCUGCGAAUUUGCACCAGGCCCCUGAGGCCCCUAAUAAAUCUGUGUGUGGUC